AUGACCGGCACCCGCAGCUUCAGGAUUGGAAUCAACUACGGGCAUGUGGCGGACAACCUCCCGAGCCCAUCACGUGUGGCUUCCUUCAUCGUCUCCCUCAACAUAACUCGUGUGAGAAUCUACGACGCCGACCCGGAAGUCCUCUCGGCAUUCGCCAACACAGGCGUUGAACUAACAAUCGGGCUCGAAAACAAGUACAUUGUGAACUUUACCGACCCGGCCCAAGCCAAGAAUUGGGUCCAACAGAACGUGGCCCCCUACACCAACCAAACCAAUAUCAAGAUGAUAAUAGUCGGCAACGAGGUCCUCACUGGUGAGGACGUCAAUAUGAUGCUCUGCCUUCUGCCCGCCUUAAAAAAUGUCCACAAAGCCCUCACGGACCUUGGCCUGAGCCAGCAAAUCUACGUGACCACUGCACACUCGUACGGGAUCAUGGGUGUUUCAUUUCCCCCCUCGUUGGGCAUGUUCAAGCACGCGCUCGUGGGCUUCCUCUUGGACAUAUUGGCCUUCCUCUCCGAAAAGGAGGCCCCGUUUCUGAUGAACGUGAACCCUUACUUCGCAUACAAGAACGACCCGAACCACGUGCCGUUGGAGUACGUGCUUUUCGAGCCCAACCCGGGGCAGACAGAUCCCAUCACCAAGUUGCAUUACGACAACAUGUUGUACGCACAGAUGGACGCUGUUUACACGGCCCUCAAACUUUUGUACGCACAGAUGGGCUCGGCCCUCAAUGCUACAGACUUCCAUAGACCAUCUUUCCAAUCGAGCGAGAUCGGAUGGUCACGUUGGAGAAUUCCAACUAAACCUAGACCACCACCAAGUAAGAAUGGCACGGUAGGGAGAAUAAUACCACCACCAAAUGGAACGUUUGAAGACCAGACGGAGAACGCGAGGUUGUUCAAUAGGAAUCUGCUGAAACUGGUGGAGGAAGGGCAUGGGACUCCCCUCAAUCCUUCGGUGCCUAUCGACGCUUACAUCUUUGCACUCUUUGACGAGGACCUGAAGCCCGGCCCAGAGACCGAGAGGCAUUUUGGUCUCUUCUAUCCAAAUAUGACGCCUGCAUAUGAUAUCGGGUUGCAAGGUGGUGCUGCUGCUGCUAUUCAGCGUGUGGAUUACACGGCAUCCGGGAUUGAUAAUAGUAUUGUGGGUGGCUUGUUUGGGUUUUACGUAGCUUUCAUCUCUUUUCUGCUCCUACUUGUUUAA